AUCGGGGAGGUUACGGUAACAGCGUUGCAACCUUCUUUCCGCCAAAUCUCAAAGGUAAAAAAGUUCCUUUUUUUUAUCCUCAAUGACGGAAGAAUUUAUGUGUUGUAAUUUCGACGAAUGUCUCACGCCAAUAACGAAAGUCGGCUGGAUUACGAGAUGUUCGCACGUAUUCUGUAAACAUCACGGUGAAAGAUCCCUGGCUAAAAACUCGUCCCAGGUCAAGUGUCCGUCUUGCGACGAAGUGCUCAACAGGCAGAACGACGUUUCUAAGUUUAACACCAACCCUUCUGAUUUAAUUGUGUGCUGCGUCCGACCUGAGAAGGCGUUGGAAUAUGCGUCAAGAGCUGCGAAACUCUGGUGCUACCAGAUGAAAGUAAAGAGGAAGAUCCAGUUGCACAACGUGACGGAUAAAUACGACAAAAUGGCCUACGAUGCCACCAUCCAGCUCCAACUGGAGAACAAAGAACUCAGAGAAUUUGUCAGCAACGUUGAAAAGGAGCUGGAAAAAGUCAAUGACGAACUGCUGCUUACAAAGCAGAAACUUAAGAAGUACAAAGCGGCUUAUGAUAAUUGCCGAAGGGAGAAAUAUAGACCCAUGAUCAGGAAGAAAGAUGCUUUUGAAUUUUUGCAACGCCCGUCUCAAUCUAUCGGUGAAAUGUGCUCCCAGACAAGCGUCAAAAGCCCCUUUUUCAAACAUUUAUAA